GAGGAUGAUUACUUUCGAAACAUUUAACUGGUUUUAUUAAUAACUGUGUAAUGAUGAUGUAUCAUCGUCUUUUCGUGAUUGCCGGUCUGUUGUCAGCUUAUAUAGAAAUGUCAGUGCAUAUCAAAAGUUUAUGAGGAAAUCGAUGAGAAAUGCAUUCGAGUGACUAAGCCUCCAAUGUACUUUCAUCACAGAAAACUACAGCUGCAAUUCAUGCAGGUGGAUCCUCUGCUCAGGAUCAGCCAGUGCAGGUUCUUGCCUUUGCUGGUGGAGAUGUUAUUCUACCGUGCAGUUUUAAUAUCUCUGACAAGGAAGACUUUCCGACUGUUGAGUGGUCCAAGGAAGGCUUGAAGCCAGAUGUUGUCUUCUUGUACCGGGAUGGUUGUGAGGCCUACGAGAUGAAGAAUCCAGCCUUCGAGUACAGGACAAGCCUCAUCAUGAAAGAGCUCAAAGAUGGAAACAUCUCAUUACGGAUCUCCAAUGUGCAGGUUUCUGAUACUGGAAAGUACAAAUGCCUCAUAUUCCAGAAAAAUGCCAUCAGGAAGGUUACAAAAGUAGAGCUGGUUGUGGUGGCUGUUUCUGAGCCAAAGCUUUCGGUGAUUUCAGUGGAGGGCGGUGACAUAGCUCUGCAUUGCGAAGCAAACUGCUGGCUGCCAGAGCCUCAGAUAACAUUUCUUGAUGACAAAGGAAAAAAGAUCUCUGAGGAAAAUCCAAAAAGAGAACAAGAUGCCUGUGGAUGUUUCACUGUGACACGAAGAGCCACUCUGCAAAGAGCUACCAGCAGUGUCACCUGCAGAGUUCAUCAACCAGAGUUUAACCAGACAAGGGAAACAACGAUCCUCAUACCAGCUUGCUGUAUGAAAUCUGAUCUUCAAAUUGUUGCCAUCACCAUUGGAGGAACAGCUGGGUUUCUCUUAGCUGCAGCUGGACUGAUUGCUCUUUUGUUUAAGCCAUGUGGCAAAUUUGCUAUUGUAAAGCAGCCAGUGACUAGGAAGUCAUGGGAUCGAAGUAUAACAUGUGAAAGUGACUUCCUACUAACAACUGACAACUUGGUAAAUUGCCACACCGGGCAGAUGAGUGAGUUUCUUAUGGACGAUGAGACCAUAAAAAUACAGAACAACAAAGUUACUCACUACGACAGGACAACAAUUGUUCGACGCCAUUCCACAACCACAGGAGAUGGAGAUGUUCCAAAACCCUCACAAUUAUUCUUAAAUCAUAGCCCUGACAUUAACAACGUCACCAGUGUGUACAAUCCAAACCCAUCUUCAGCUUCAACCAGCAUUAACAUUACAAAAUCUGGCAACUUACCCAAAAGCAGGGGUUCGAAAAUUGUUAUCAAAAGACAAGACAGCUUUCCAGGACCUGGUCACAUAUCUCAAAGAAACCACCGUAUGUACAGCAGUCCAAAUAUUUUACAACUACAUUCACCAACAUCCAACCCUUCUUCUGCUCUCAGUAGCCACCAGAUGAUCAACUCCAGUGUCUCACCCCAUCGAAACACCCGCCUUCCUCAGCGUAGACACUCCUCAGUACUUCCACAUUUAGCAGAAUUUAAUAAGCAUCACAACCUCCUGAGAAAUUUACCUGAAGGAGAUGAACAGAAAAGUUUAUUAAGAUAUGAAAACAAAAGGAAACGCAAAUUGUACUAGAAUAAUUGCACAGCAAGGUAAUGCUCACUUGGUUCAAAUGAUUGAAACUCGUUAACUGAGCAAUAGGAGCUGAAAUUUAACACCAGUGACUGAAGCGUGGAGUAGGAGCUUGACAGUCAGCUGCAGUGUCUGCAGUGACGUAAGUGUUGCACUGGCUGUUGUGGUGCCUCAGUGUUGUUGGAAAAGGGGGGAUCUUGGCAUCACUGCUUAGAUUGUUACCUCUAGAUAAGAGUUCAAAUAAGUAGUAGAAAAAAUGGAAUUUAAAAGAACUGAGCCAGCCCAGUGGGGUAUUUCCAGAAAACUGAGCUAGUCCUACAGAAUCAGAAUCAGAAUACUUUAUUAAUCACUAAGGAGAGUAUGUAAGAGAUACAGGUCUUUGAAUUUUAUUUUAUUUUUUGCAUUACCAUUUGCAAAAUCACACAGACCAUGAUGCUUUACCAUGAUUUGGGGGAAAAAACAAAAUGUUCUGUGCUGAAAUUAGCAUGGAUAUAGUAGAUCUUUUACAAGAACCUAAAUCAAGUUAGCUCACUGGCUUCUUUUUUUUUUUUUUAAAUUAUUAUUGAAUUAUUGUAUAUAGCAUUAUGUAUUCAUGAUGCUCAUACAUUAACCUUUUUGUUCUUUAAUUAAAAAUAUUUCCAGGUUUUUGCAUGAAAGUUUCUUUAAUUGAAACUUUACAUUUGCUAAACUUGGACAGUGAGCUCCGUUUCAGUGGCUCAUGUAAAAAUGUUUGUGUCAUCUAUCAUCUGUAAUCCCAAAUGAUAUCAUUUUUGUUUGGUGAUGUUUUUGCACAAGGGCAUGCAUUCAUUUAACUUAAAGUAGUUUACAAAUCUCUCAGCACAAUGUCCCAACAAAGUCCUGUGUUCUAAUAUGAUUUUCUCAAAUAUGUUUAUAACUCUAAACUAUAUAUAUAUAUGUAUGUGUGUAUGUGUAUAGUAUUAUAUUAUACUGGGAUUUACUGCAUUUGCAAGAAUGUGUAAAAGUAUACAAAAGCUUAUGAUGUCAACAGAACAACUGAAACUUAUUGUCUUUUAUUGUUUUGUUUGGGGUGUUAGGUUUUUAAGUUAUAUUUACAUAUCAUUAAUUAGUCUAGAUUUUUUUUAACUUUAUUAUGACUCUGAAAAUACAGCAUACCAUGGGUUUUUUGUUUUUGUUUUUUCUUUACACAUUAAUUUAAUGAUAUUACUAUAAUUCUACCUGCUUAGAGUUUAAAGCUUAAAGAUUUUGAAUAGUUAUAGGAUAUCUGUCAUAUUCAGAUGACAUCUAUUCAGUGGGUGUUAUUAGCAAUAAUUAGCCAUAGAUAUGGGCCAGUAGGGUCCCUCUACUCCUGUAUAUGUAAAAACAAAAACAUUAUUUUUAAAAUGUUAUUUAGAUUUUGCUAUUGAUUCAAAUCUUGCAAUUUGUUUUUGUGAUAGGUAAUGGUUUUUCUUUUAAAAUGUUUCUGUGUGUGUUUGCAAUAA